UAAAGUCCAGGGGAGAGGGGUGCUUACCUGCCUCCUGCGCACAACAGCUCGCUCCCACUCCUCCCUGCCCGCACAUCUGCCUGGACGAGGGCUCCAGGGCCUGGAUCUGGACUGCAGCAUGCGGCUGCUUUUCGAGGCAGCGGUUCUGUGCCUGACCCUGGGCUUAGGGCAAUGCACUGAGGAAACAACGCAGGAGAACACCGUCCACCAAACUUCCCAAGCAGGGUCAUUUUAUUCAGAGUGGGGCAUCGGGGCCAUCCGGGACAGCUUCGAAACAGUUAACAGCUACUUCGACUCCUUUUUGGAACUGCUUGGGGGAAAAAACGGCGUUUGUCAGUACAGAUGUCGCUACGGGAAGGCUCCAAUGCCACGACCUCACUACAAACCCCAAGAACCCAACGGCUGUAGCUCCUAUUUUCUGGGGCUCAAGGUACCCGAAAGUCUAGAUUUGGGUAUCCCUGCCAUGACCAAGUGCUGUAACCAGCUGGACGUUUGUUACGACACCUGCGGGGCCAACAAAUACCGCUGCGAUGCCAAGUUCCGCUGGUGCCUCCACUCCAUCUGCUCCGACCUCAAGCGCAGCCUCGGGUUCGUCUCCAAGGUGGAAGCUUGUGAAUCUGUCGCAGACACGGUGUUCAACGCCGUCUGGACGCUGGGCUGCCGGCCCUUCAUGAACAGCCAAAGGAGCGCCUGCAUUUGCAACGAGGAAGAACGAGAUGAAUUGUGAGGAAGAGCAGGUGCCCGGCCUCCGUGAGCCUGCUGCCAAGCAUCUCCUCUCUGAUACAGCACUUCAGCACAGUGAUUUCCAUCAGCCCUCUGGCCCAGCACGGGAUGGGGGGACCUGGGCCAAGCAAUACACAUUAACUACAGCUUUUGGGCAGAGGGCAGCGAAAGGGGAGACAAGCCUGCGGACGUAGGGCAGCGAUGCCUGCUGUCCACCACAGAAGCAGUUCAACAGCCCUACCCCUUUCCGAGUCCAUCAGCCUGAAUGAUCCGAUGCCAAUUUUCUCUACAGACUGAUCAGGAGAGGCAAGCGGGAUGCAGUGCUGGUUAUAAACAAGGGGCUUUACUUGUUUGUUUGCCUUAGACACAUGUGUAUUAGCUCCCCCCCACCCCUUAACUCUCUAAUUUGCAGUGCAAGGCAUUAGGUUUCUGCAACCCCUGAAAAUCCCAGUCCAUGGACACACUAUUCACAUUUUUCCAUCACCGGUGGCAGCCUGAAGAGGGGUAAUACGCUUUCAGUAUGUUGCUCAUACCCAUUCCUGACAUUUUCCAUCCUAUCAUAAUACACCCUGACAACCCUGCUUCUUUAAAUACUUGGUGGAUCUGAAAACGAUUUAAAACAUCCAGGGAUUUGGUAAGCAUAAGAAGGACUAUGUUUCUGAUACAGGCACAAUUUAUAUCUGGGCAGAAGGGGACCAAAGCCCAUCGUGUCUGAGAUGUGAAAUCACAGCACUCUCCCCCAGUCUCAGGAGAGGAAGCAGCUUUUGUUUUGCAGCGUCAUCCAGAUCUAUUUAAUGAUUUUCCUCCUAUAUCAUUUAAGAAAGCAUUUCCCUGAGGAUCCCUUUUUUACACAAAAUGGCUGGGUAUCCACCUCCAUCUUUUGCACGAGGGAAACCGGAGGCUCACAGUUGCCUUGGAUGAGAUAUUCAAAAUCCUGGAGGCUUCUCUGUCAGGUGGCAGGGCUUAUGUGCUAACUCUGUGGGGCAGAGACACCGCCAGCUGAGGAACACUCAGCAGCCUCAGAUGGCAUUCUUUUUAAAACGUGGUUAAUACUUCUAUCUGCUAUCGGGAGCUUUUAUUGCAUGCAAAAUUAGAAUUUAAAGUGGUAUAUGGAAUUUCAUCUGCAUAUAACAUUUGCAGACAGCUUUUAUCUGCGUUUCUUGUUGAAAGGAAGUUGCUACUGGGUGUGUGUGCCAUGCCACAUAAAUACUUUAGCGUCUUCUGCAAACAUAUUUAUGGCUAUGUUCUUCCAUCUGCCACAGAAAAGUUAAGGCUACAGAAGGGUGAUUUAACAAGAAUGGAAAGAGUCUUAGUUACUUUUCUUCUAGUUUGUGUUUAAAUGCAUGCAUGGAGCUAUAAAUUAUUUAAGCCCCAUAUUCCUGUUCUUGCCAGUCAUCUUUGCCUUACAGUGAACAGCAAUGAGACAUUCCUCUGGCCCCAGAUAAACCGAAACAAGAGCCCACCGGUAUUAAGACCAGGAAAAAGGAAGUGACCGCCUGAGGGGUACUGGGAUGUUUUCCAUUAAUUUACACUGAUCGGAUGCAAUGCCAUCCUUUGCUAGCUGUGCUAAUGCCAAAGGAGAGGGAAUACCGCAUUGCCAAGGUUCAUCGCAGCGUGUGUCUAUCAGAGCACGAGGCUGGACAGGCAAUCUGAUUAUCCAUCUAAGAAACACGUAUUUUUGGCUAGGGACGGGAAGGAAAUGUUCCUCAUUCCAGACACUUCCCAAACUUUGUAUUUCAUUGGUGAAAUUGGUGCCUGUUGCCAGUUUUAAACGUGAGCAUACUCUUAUGAUUAAAUGACAAUUUAAAAAGUCUGUCUUGUCUACGCUCGAUAGCUGACUGGCUGGCAAAUGUCUUAAAGCACUUUGUAGUUCAAGUGAUAUCAGAUUAAAGCCAGGCCGAGUAACUGAUGACAGACGAUGAUACACACUGGAGAAAUCAAAGGGUUCUAAACAAAAUCUCUCUAUCCACACACCGAUACUUUGGAGACACCACUAAUAUAAAUCAUAAUUUCUUCAUGCUUUCAGACCACCAUUCAUCCCAAAACACUACAAAUGGCUGCAUGCAGGGCAGUUACUGAAUAAGUGCACUUUUCUCUACAAAGUUAAGCUGCGGUAACCUGAAAAACCCCAUCAGCAGUUCUACAAGGAAACUUUUGAACCUUCAAGUGGUGGCAGUGACUCAAAAAACUCACCAGAUAAUCCUGCGUAGCAGAAGACCAGCAUGUGAACUACGGUAAGGCUGCAGCCAAACUAAAAAUCGUUUCCCCUCCAUGCCGCUCCUGCUACUCAGUGGUGUACAGCCACUGAACCAGGUGAUCACGGGACUCUGCAGGUCAAUGCAUAAACCUUUGGUCAUCUUCACUUCCACCCUGCUCUGAACAGGAAGACGAUGCUGUGCUCAGCCGAUGGCUUCCUGUCGGCUUUUUGUAUUGGCAGGACUAUUUGCAACUCUUGCUGAUGUUCAACCCAUUCGGGCCAGCGUGCCCUCUCCUAGUAACGGUUCCCCAAACAGCAAUCUCUGCUUCUGCUGAGGACAUAAAAGCAGGGACUAGGACAGCAGGUAAAUAGGUGUUUACUCCUGGACAUCCAGCGUUCGGACGUUUACAUCCUGAGAGAGAAUGAGGUGGCACCAGCCAGAACACCAGCCACGCGUUGGGCAGCACUGAUGCAGCCCAGACUUUGAACUAUGGCUGGCAAGUGCUGGUCGGACCCUCGGGAGCACUGGUCAGGUACGGUGCCUUCUCGCACACGCAGUGCCUGCUCAUGCAGUGCAUUUUGCUCCCGGUCUGUGGCGUGGCAGAUUAAAUUAAACAGACAAACA